UACGAGACUAUACCGUCGUCUCGUGCAGUUCACUUUCGCCAUUUUGACAUUCGAGCUUUCUUUGUUUGCAGUUACGGCAAAAUUCGAUGUAUAAUGUCUCGUUAUUCGAGACCUCCAAAUUCAUCUUUAUUUGUCCGAAAUGUACCAGAUGGUACAAGACCUGAAGAAUUAAGAAGUCUUUUUGCUAAAUAUGGUCCCAUAACUGAUGUCUACAUACCUUUGGAUUACUACACCCGUAGAACCAGGGGUUUUGCUUAUAUUCAAUUUGAAGAUGUUAGAGAUGCAGAAGAUGCGAUAUAUGCAUUAGAUCGCACACGUUUUUUUGGCAGAGAAUUGGAGAUUGAAUUUGCUCAAGGUGAUCGUAAAACUCCCUCUGAAAUGAGAAAUAAAGAAAGAGGUCCUCGUCGACCACGCUCGCCAUAUUAUGGAAGUAGAUAUGAUGAUUAUAGAAGUAGCCGCAGGCGUUCUCGAAGCAGAUCUCCCUAUUACAGAGAUAGGAGCCCAGGUUAUAGUCGAAGACGACGCAGUCGCUACUCUUAUAGUCGAUCACGAUCUCGUACUCCAAGGUCUCGUUCUCGUUCAAGAGAUAGGCGAAGACAUAGCCAUUCUCCUCAUAGGUCACGAUCCCAUUCUCAUUCCCAUUCCCCCCAAGAAAACGAUCAGACUAGAUUAAGCGACAAACAAGAUCAAUCCCCGGAAUGUCCAGCGGAUUCCGAAGACGAAAGAAAAUCUCCAGAAUAAAAUUAAAAACAACCGUCAUUCUUUUCUGGUCUGUGUAUGUUUUAUUAAGAGUGUACCAUCUGCACGGUCAUUUUGUGACAGUAUACUUUGUUCUUAAUUGGUGUUUUUUUAUGUAGUAACCUGUUUCGAUUAAAUGAAACGAGAAUGGUUAGUUUAAACACUUGGCUUUUUACAGCAUAAAUAAAGUAACUGUUUUUAAUAAA